UUUACAUAAUUAAUAAUUACUUUAAUAUUUACCUUUUUCACGUAUUUCACACGCGGACUUAACAAAAAAACUAAACCACUCUACUCUUUACAACAGAAAAAAAAACUUACACAACAAAUUAAAAAGCUAACCACAAAAAAAUAAAAAAAUGCUACAGAAUCGAUUAGUAGCACCAUUUACCCAAGAAAACCCGUUGUGGGUGUCUUGGCAUGAUUCGCAAUUGAUUCCGUCGUUGAAUCCUUCCAAUGUUAUGGAUUACUUUUCGCGCAAAUCAAACCCGUUCUACGAUAGGGUUUGUAAUAACGAGACAGUUCGGAUGCAACAUAUGAGUUUGGAUCAGUUAAACAACAUGAUUGGAGUAGAAUAUAUUCUUUUGCAUGUAGCCGAACCAAUUUUGUAUGUCAUUCGGAAACAACAUCGACAUAGUCCAACUGAAGCAACCCCAUUAGCUGAUUAUUAUAUUAUUGCUGGAAUGAUUUACAAAGCUCCCGAUCUAGCUAACGUUAUUAACUCUCGAAUUCUUUCAACUGUAACCAAUCUUCAAUCAGCAUUUGAAGAAGCCAGUAACUACUCACGAUAUCAUCCAAAUAAGGGCUACACAUGGGAUUUUGCUUCAAAUAAAGUUUUAUCGGACAAAUCCAAAGCGGCUACCAAGAAGGAUGCAUCACAAACUAAAGAUGAAAGUGGUACUAUUUUUCAAAUGCAACGCGUUGAUAUGCUUCUAAUGGAACUUCUUCGCAAAUUCCCACCACCAAUUCCACCACAAAUCCAACAACAACAGCAGCAGCAAAAUCAGAAUAUUCGACCUGAUGGGCAAGAUGGUAUGCUGGCCAUCAAACAAGAACCCAAUACGAAUAACUCAAAUGUUCCCGAGGCAAGUCCCACACCUGUGCAAGGUGGAGUUGAUAUUAAAGUUGAAAAUGUCGAUAUGAAACCACCACCAGAGAAAAAAAUAAAGCUGCAAUAAAAUUAA